UUGAGACGCCAUUCGGGUCUGUUGGGUGUAUUGUUCGAGCGUGAAUAAGCAAAUAUAACACAGUAGCUUAUUGGCAUGGUUUUGUCGGUUUGCGGAUAGGGGUCGCGUGUUUUGUUGAUAUAUAUUUUAACGUCACAAUGUGAACAGUGGUUUUACAGUUGACGUAAUUGAUAUCUUUUACUAUGUGUCAAUGAAGAGUCGGUCGCCAUUUUGAAUGGCUGACGAUGCCAUGGCUGGAGUGAGGAUGUAUGGGCAAUGCAGUGCAUUAGAAAGGAAAGCCAAACCACUUGAAAGCUUUGCUUUUUUUCAGCAGUGGUGAUUAACUAUAACGCAAUUUGUUGCGACUAUUAAAAAAAACAGAUAUACAUAUCUUUUUAAAUGUUAUUUUAUGUCUAAAUGUAAAUAUUUGUAUGCAGUGAUUAGAUGUCUCAAAUAGUUAGUAUUUAAUUUUUUAAUAUUUUGGUGAUAUGUAUUCUACACAGAUUGAAAAGGUCAUUUAUGACUAUUUAAACUACAAUGAAUCAUCUGUAUUGUUUGCUUUGUGUGCUGUAUUAUAAAAAUAUGAAAUAAUCUACAUUUUAUAACUAUUUCAAACUGUCAUUGUUGGGUCUGUUUCUCAAAACAUUGUCAGGUUUUCUCAAGUUUUUACAUUUUAGCUUCUGUAUAAGAGAAAACUACCCAAUCUUUUUUUGGACUGACAGUCUGUCAUAAAUUGACUCUCAUAACAAGUCUCGGGUUCAUGUGGUCCAUUCUGGUGAGAGGUCUAAAACAGCAUGUCGGUCAAACGUUUUAGACAGGUUUAGGUGUUACUUCACCCAAAAAUGAAAAUUCUGUCAUCAUUUACUCACCUUCGAGUUGUUCCAAAUGUGUACAAAUUGCUGUGUCCUGAUAAACAUGAGAAAGAUAUUUGGAAUAAUGCUUAUGACUAAACAGAUCUCAACCCCCAUUGACUACCAUAGUAGGAAAAAAUACUUUAUAAUUUUUUGUUCUGCUGAACACAAAAUAAGACAUUUUGCAGAAUGUGGGAUAGCAAACAUUUCUGGGGCACUUUAACCAUUGUUUUUUUUCCUACUACGGUAGUCAAUCGGGUUGAAAUCUGUUUGGUUAUAAACAUUCUUCCAAAUAUCUUUCUCUGUGUUCAUCACAGAGAAAGAUAUUUGGAAGAAUGCUUGUAACCCAACAGUUUUUGGCCACCAUUGACAACUAUAAUAGGAACACAGAUUCUGAAAGCAAAGGGAAACUGAGUUAAAGAAACAGUUAACCCACACAUGAAAAUACUGUUGUCAUUUACUCACCCUCGUCAUUUACAGAAUCUGUUAAGAUAUCCAAGUGUGAGUUUUAUAUAGACAACAUCAUCUAAUUAUAAUAUCAAUGAAUGAUAAAAUAAUUCUCUAAAAUUGAUGUGUAACAUAAAUAACAAUGUCUUCAUUUGAUGCUCUUCACUACCACUAGGUGGAUGUAUGUCGUUUUUCUUCAAGGCUGGUCAGAGACUCACUAUGGCAACCUCAGUACACAGUGGAGAAUAGGGUCAUUGUUGGUGGAUUACAGGACACAGAAAUUGCUACAGUUUGUGUUUUCUAGGAAUCAGAUCAUUCUGUCGUAGUGAUGUCAUCAAGUCCUCAUGUAUCUUAUAGCCAAAGUGUCCUUCCCCUGUUUAUGGGUAAAAGCAGAAACACCACGUUUGUUCUGGACACCUCUAAUGGAAUGAAUGCCUUUAUGGGCCCAGUGAAGAAUCUUAUCAUCCAAACCCUCACUGCUAAAGCUUCACUUAGAGACUCUCUCUUCAACAUUAUCAGCGUUUCAUACAAGGCAACUGCAUGGUCUUCUCACAUGUUGCUCUGCACCCCUGAUAUUGUUUAUCAAGCCUUGAACUGGAUUCACACAUUACAGACAAGUCCUGGAAGAGACCUCUACACUGCACUGGCCUUAGCCUUCUCUGACCCUGCCUGUCAAUCUGUCCAUUUAGUGACCAGUGGUCUCCCAGACAACACCACACAAUGUCUGGCUUCAUUAUCAACCCUGGUGACUCGCCCUGUGCAUACCUUUCACAUAUCUGACAAUCCCAUGAACGGUGACAUCUCAGACUUCUUGCACUGCGUCUCUUCUACCACUAAAGGGAGCUGUUACAACAUGUCUGUGAACUCGGGCAACGUUGUGGAGAUCAGUUUGUUAUAUUCAACGGAUCAACAGAUUCAAACGCCAUCAUAUCUACAAGACAGAUGGCCUUCAGGGGUGGAUUUAAAUCAUGUCCCAUACUACAACUCCACUAGUUAUGUAUGUUCUGCACCAUACUGGUGUUCCCCAACAAAUCAUUUUAGUACAGUAUCAUGUGCAUCUACAAGGGUAAUGAGAGGUGCCGAGUUUCAUCCUGGCUGUCGUGUUUUAGCAAGAAGUGAGAGAGAUGGGUUUUACUAUUUGGGGACAAUUAUACAUCAGGGCAGAGGAAAUGUUUAUAUGGUGGAGUUUGAUAAAGUCAUGGGACCCAUAGAAAAUGCCUUUAUGGAAACAAUAAAUGCAGUUCAGCCAACUUACCAGCCUGAUAUGGUGAGUCUAAGCAUUGCACAUGGACACAGUAUUGCUCCAGGAGACACUGUUCUUGUUCCAUGGGAGCCAGACCUGACACGAUAUGGACCUGGAAGAGUCAUCUCUGGUAUGGAGCUAAGAGACUCGAUAAAAGGUGAUGAUGUAAGCAUUGGACCUCAGGUUCGCUUUUGGAACGGGAUUACAAUGCACGUCCCCAAAGAUCUUGCAGUAUGGAUUCCAGCCUCCCACCAUGAGCAAGUGAUUAAGGAUCUCCAGUAUUAUUCAACCAGGCCGUGUUGUUGUAGGGUCUCCCAUUGUAACAGUGGUUUUAAAUUUCCAAGUCACCGAUGCACCCAUCAUAGUCUGUCUUGCAUCCCACCAUGCCAUUGUCCAGUUAAAACAUGCUGGCCAAUAGUAAUGUCAACUCCACUACUGAACAAACAUGGGAGAGAAGACUUGGAGAGAAAAAUCGAUCUCCAAUUGAAAGAACUACAGAGCCUACAGGUGUCUUCAUCUUCAGACUCAGAUGACCAACAAAUGCCAUCCAGCUCAGAAAUGGUAAGCGCCUCAAUAAACACUGAAAUUUCCUGCCUGAAAAAGCCUUACACUCAGCUAGAGGUCAAGCCAGCCUGGAGAUACUGGAAAAGGGGAUCUCCAGAACCACAGCACAAGAAACCAGGAAGAACGGUCAGAUCUUCUCAUGUUAAUCGUGCCAGGCACAUUUGGGAUUCUGGAAACUCUACAGAUGACCACUCCAUGAUGACCAAUCACAGCUCUUUAUUUAAGAUGAUACCCAUUUCACCAAAACGAGGAGCCUCUAUCAGGGAACUAUUUCAAUCCACCGAUCAAAAGUCAUUUAUUAAAGCUUCAUCUCCAAUCGUUCUGGCAAUGACCAAAAGGCCAGCAAAAGCGAUGCUAUAG